GUUCUUUUUCUAGUUUUUUAUUUUUGAUUUUUUAUUCUUCUGCAGUUUGUUCUGUGUUGGUUGUUUAACCACCUCAACACAAACACACCACCAUACAUACGACCUCCACUUGUCUUCACUUCUUCCAAUAAUCCAACAAACCCAUGACAUCUCCGAUGGUGGUGGAGGCUGGCGCCGUCGCAGCUUUCCGGUCAGUUAUGCUCCGUGUCCAACAAGCAGCAGAAAGAUCCGGUACCAAACCCGAUCGAGUUCGGGUUGUGGCAGUAUCCAAAACAAAACCCAUUUCCAUGAUUCGCCAACUCUAUGACGCAGGUCACCGUGUUUUCGGCGAAAAUUACGUCCAAGAAAUCGUUGAGAAAGCUCCUCAGCUUCCACAAGACAUUCAAUGGCACUUCAUUGGGCAUUUGCAAAGCAAUAAAGUCAAAACACUUAUGAGUGCAGUUCCAAAUUUGGCCAUGGUUGAGGGUGUGGACAAUCAGAAGGUGGCAAAUAAUCUCGACCGUAUGGUUUCAACCCUGGGAAGAAAUCGUUUGAGGGUUUUGGUGCAAGUAAAUACCAGUGGAGAAGAAUCCAAAUCUGGUGUUGAUCCUUCCAGUUGUGUUGAUCUUGCAAAACAUGUGAAGUUGAGCUGCCCAAACUUAGAAUUCUCUGGCUUAAUGACUAUAGGAAUGCCUGAUUAUACCUCAACUCCGCAGAAUUUUCAGACACUAUCAAAUUGCAGGAGUGAAGUUUGCAAGGCACUUGAGAUGGACGAGGAGCAAUGUGAAUUGUCAAUGGGCAUGUCCGGUGAUUUUGAGUUAGCGAUUGAAUCAGGUAGUACAAAUGUUAGAAUUGGGUCAACAAUAUUUGGACCAAGAGAGUAUGCAAAAAAGCAAUGAUAGCAGGAAGUUGCCUUUUCUCUCCUUCUCUGUCUAAAGCAGCAUGUUUUAAGGCACAUCCUGAACGGAUGCUUGUCAAGCUACUUGGAGAGAGAGGGAGGGAAAUGCAAAUACUAAGGUAUAUAGUUGCAGCAUGCUCCAUCAUAGUACAGUGAUCAUCUGCAAAAAGAAACCAAACAAUUGUAACUAAUGUUUGAAUAUUGUUUAUCUUCAAAUUAUUUAUUUGCAGACCAAUUUGCACUGUGAUUAUUCUUA